CUCCCCCUAUCGCACUCUCACAAGUCACACCAUACCCCCUCAACAUUUUUAAAAAAUGAUACUUGACCACAGAUGCACAAUCAUACUAUCACUUUCUCAUCAUAAAUUGGGAAAUGAAAGUUUCGGUUCAUCCAAAAAUGCAAUUUGCCAGAGAACCACGUAAGUAGAUGCAGCCACACUAUUGUUGAAUCAAUGGAUUGUGUCAAAGAGGCAAAAGAGAGAAUAAGGGGAAACAUUUGUGAAAGUAGAGCCAUGUCCUUGCUUAACAUGGCACAGCAUGGGUAGCUAUGGUCCCUUCAAGACACUCUCUAAAGCAGCCAUGUUUUCCUCAAUGUUUGGAUUGGAUUCUUGAAAAUCAAAGAGAAGAUGGAUCUUGGGGACUAAAUCCAUGCCAUCCAUUGCUUGUGAAGGACUCACUUUCUUCAACACUAGCAUGUUUGCUUGCUCUAAGCAAAUGGGGAGUUGGAGAUAAGCAAGUCCAAAGAGGCAUGGACUUUAUUGAGACGCAUGGUUGGGCAAUUGAUAACAAGGAUCAGUUUUCACCUGUAGGAUUUGAAAUUAUAUUUCCUAAUAUGAUCAAGUCUGCAGAGAAAUUAAAUUUGCCUUUGGAUCUUGACCUUGUAAAUCUGGCAACAGCUGAAAGAUCAUUACAUAAUGAUUUCACGGGGAAUAUUGGAAAUCUUAAAUAUAUGACUGAAGCAUUUGGAGAAUUAUGUCAGUGGAAGGAAAUAAUGGUACAUCAAAGCCACAAUGGAUCACUAUUUGAUUCACCAGCCACUACUGCAGCUGCCUUGAUUUACCAUCAGUAUGAUGAAAAAUGCUUUGGAUACUUGAAUUCAAUCUUGAAAGUUCACAAAAACUGGGUUCCCACUAUCUACCCAACGAAGAUACAUUCAUUGCUUUGCUUGGUUGACACCCUUCAAAGUCUGGGAGUAGAUCGGCAUUUUAAAACAGAAAUAAGUAAAGUUCUAGAUGAAACAUACAGGGUUUGGCAGCAGAAGAACGAAGAAAUUUUUUCAAACGUUGCACAUUGUGCCAUGGCAUUUCGACUUUUACGGAUGAGCAACUAUGAUGUCUCCUCAGAAGAACUAGUUGAAUUUGUCGAUGAAGAACAUUGCUUUUCAACAAGAAGUGGGAAAAUUACGAGUCAUGAUGCAAUUGUUGAGCUCCACAAAGCUUCACAGUUGGCUAUUCAUGAGAAAGAUCAUAUUUUGGAUACAAUUAGAAAUUGGACAGGAAUAUUUAUGGAGCAACAACUUUUAAAUAAUGACUUCCUCGACAGGAAGUCAAAGAAAGAGGUGGAACUAGCUUUAAGGAAAUUUUACGCCACAUAUGAUCGAGUGGAAAGUAGACGCUGCAUCGAGGCAUAUGAGGUGAACGAUUUUAAAAUAUUAAAAGCUGCUUGCAGGUCUCCCAACAUUAACAAUAGAGAUUUCCCUGGGUUCUCAGUGCACGAUUUUAACAUGUGCCAAGCCCAACAUCAAAAAGAACUUCAACAACUAAAGAGGUGGUUUGAGGAUUGCCGACUGGAGCAAGUGGGAUUGCCACAACAGUAUUUAUACACUACUUAUUUCUUGACAGCUGCCUUACUUUUUGAAACUGAAUGCUCUGACGCCCGUCUUGCCUGUGCAAAGAAUACCAUGCUUGUAACUUUGGUUGAUGAUUUUUUCGAUGGUUUUGUUUGCGAAGAUGAAUUGCUCAACAUCUUUGAAUUAGUGCAAAGGUGGCGCCUUGGGCUUGAAGAAUUUGCACAAAUCCCCUAUCUAGAAAAAAAAAAUGCUAAAAUAGAAUAUCGUAAAAGGUGGGACGGCAAUUACUCAACAGUGCGUUACCAUUCAGAGAGGGUAAAGAUUUUCUUUUCGGCAGUCUACAAAACUAUAGAGGAGCUUGCAGCAAAAGCAAAUAUUAAGCAAGGCCAAUGCAUCAAAGAUCACUUUAUAGACUUGUGGCUUGAUUUGUUAAAGUGUAUGCUGGUUGAAUUAGAUUGGUGGAGAAGUCAGACAACACCAAGCAUAGAAGAGUACUUGUCUGUGUCCAGUGUAACUAUUGGUGUUAGAUGCAUAACUCUCAUAACACAAUAUUUUGUUGCGCCAAAAUUAUCCAAGGAUGUGCUAGAGAGUUUUGAAAUGAAAGCCUUGUGCAAUUCUACCAUGAUGGUGGCACGACUCCUUAAUGAUCUAAGAUCGCACAAGAGAGAAGAAGCAGAGAGUUCACCAAAAAAUAUAGUCUCGAUAUUAAUAACACAGAGUGAAGGAACAAUCUCUGAAGAAGAAGCUAUAAAACAAGUGGAGGAAAUGCUGGAAAGUAAGAGAAGAGAGUUGCUAGGGAUGGUACUAACACAACAAAAAGGAAGCCAAUUGCCCCAAGUGUGCAAGGAUGUCUUUUAGAAGACAAGCAAAUUGUCUCAUUUCGCAUAUUCGAAUAGCGAUGAGCUUCGCUUUCCGGAGGACAUAUUGAAGAAUCAUAUAAAGGACGUACUUUACAAACCAUUAAAUCUGUCACUACCUGUUCUCUCAACAAGUCGUGAAUUGCACACGGUAUCUUAAUUUGAUAUAGUGAUCAACCUUCUAGACUAUUUUUUAUGUUCUGAUUCUACUAUGUCAUGCAAAUCAAACUCUUUAAAAAUUAUCUUUCUGUAUUAGUGUACCAGGCU